ACACUACAUGUAUCUGGAGAAACAAACAGCCCACAGUCACACAGGCAGACUUGCGAUUCAGCUAUGGACAAGGUGAGAAGAUACUCCCCGAUUACCCUGCUACUGGCUGUCUGCAUCUCUGCCCUGAUCGUGGCCAGUAAAGGAGAGGACUCCAUACAGGUCCAGUCUGAAGAAGACCGCCUACAACCAUCCAACAGCCUGGCAGUGGCUCUGGAAGAGAUGCUUGAAUAUAAUCAGAAUAAAGGAAUCAGCCUGCAGAAGAAAGCAAGCCAAGUGCCACGGUGUGAUGUAGGCGAGAGGUGUGCCAUUAAGCAUGGACCACGGAUUGGAAAGCUGUGCGACUGCCUAAGAGGAACAUCUUGCAACACAUUCUUACUGCGAUGUUACUAGCGUCAGAGUGUCAGCUCUGUGACCCAUCCAUCACCUACCCUCUGACUAUGCCAUAUCGACCACAUAUACACUGUACCCACUGCGUACAAGAUCCCUCAACUGAAUGGUUCACUCGGCACUGUAUACUCCUGUACGAGUGCAGAGACUGUGCCCCUCACUGUGUGAAGUUUGUAUCGUCCUCUAUGCGCUUCAGUGAAUGCUCCCCCAUGAUACCUAAACUGUUCGGUUUGUUUUAACCACCACCCUGAUGCCUUCCAUGUACACUGCUGUCUGAGUACAUAUCACCCCCUCAUUCAAUAAUUUUACCCCACAGGCAGAGUGCAUAUUCUGUGAACUCAUGGCAGUCAUAAAACUUAGUCCUACACCUGUCCCACUCCUUGCAGCUAGCUCUAUGUAAAAUAAACCCCUCACAGCCUUGUUCCGUGUUAUUUACAAUUUCUGUAUGGUUUCAUUCGUUUGUCCUGUUUUCAAAGUCCAAACAUUUUUUGUAUCUAUUAUUUUAUCUGUUCAUCCUGCAAAUUAAACAUAUCUCCGAACACCAAUGAGAUUGGAACACCCCAAAACCUUGUAUUAGGUGACCCCGUGGUCUAUUUUCAGGUUCUUGUCUUUAUAUGCAACAGAGAAAAGUAAAAGGAAAAUGUGAUCGUAAAAAAAAAAUUCAGGCUCCAUUACGAACAUCCUAUUUCUAAACAGAACUACGGAUCAGAUUCUCGAAAGCUCCACAAUAAUUAGAUUUGCUUAUUGUGAUAGCUUUGACAAUGAACCAGUGUUUCUGUGUUAAGUCUGUAGAUAUAUAUAUAUACACACACAACGCACACACACGCGCAUACAAAGUAACAAGGAGUACUGUGAAAUCUAAAAAAUGUCCUCACUACAAUACUUUGGCUUAUAUUACCUGCUGAACACAAUCAAAAUCUGCAUUCUACCACUUGCAGAAAAGCGUGGAAAAUCUCAAUUGUGUCAAAUAUCUAGUAAUUGUGUGUUUGAUAUAUUCCUCCCAAGUCUCCGUUUGUCUCUCUGUCCUGUGGUCCAUACCUUGCUUUGUUAAAAAAUUCCAUUGCUAAAUGGCGUUUUUCCACCAUGCGAGUCACGAAAUGCCCUUGCACAUUUGUAGCGUAAGACUAGGAAGAAGCCAAGCCCACAAUCUCAUCUCGCUUUCUGUAUCUUGUACAAUUCUAUGUAUGUCAGAUGACUUAACUU